AAGAGAAGCGUAUCUUGUGGGAAAACUACCUUUAACUGUCUAUUCAAGCUCAGCCCGCAUUGCCUGUAGCUAUCGGGUGCGCAACUACCAAGCCCAUCUUUCCUUCGGUUUGGCAUGGCGGAGGGUAGCGGGAACGUUAACGUCGGUGCGGCUAACCUUCCUCCGGGAGACCCCCAGCUGAUCGGUAUGAUUGUGGAGCAUCUGAAGAACCGGGGGCUUUUUGAUGAGUUCCGUCGGGACUGUCUCGCCGACGUUGAUACAAAGCCCGCCUAUCAGAAUCUGCGACAGAAAGUUGACAACUACGUCACGUCGCACCUGAGCACGCAGGAUUGGAACCCGUCCAUCAACAAGAACCAGAUGAGGAACGGACUGAGACAAAGUGUUGUUCAAUCAGGUAUGCUGGAAUCAGGUGUGGACAGGAUCAUCACUCAGGUUGUGGACCCCAAGAUGAACCACACUUUCCGUCCGCACAUAGAAACUGCCAUCCAUGAGUUCCUGUCAGGGGACAGGAGGGAGGAGAACGCUUUGUGUCCUAAUUCUGCACCGCCUGAACAGACAGAACUACAGGAAGCUCCGUCUGCUUCUGGCCCCCAAACCCCCAGCAUGCCGGCCAACAUGUCCGCUGUGGUUUUUCUGCUCCUGGCCUGUCGACAGGUGUUGACCAUGGAACAGCACGAUGUCCUGGAGAAACAACUAGCCAAAAGACGCCUCUCUCUGCAGAGCACAGUGGAGAUUCAGAGUUGCCUGGUGAGUUCAGGGGAUGUCGGCUGUGGGACGUUCCAAUGUUUCAACAAUAACUCCUGUGAAAUCCAAGGGCUGCAUCACAUCUGCCUCACUCUGCUGCACAAUGCAGGGCGCUACGACUCACAGGGCAAGUCAUUUGUGAAGGAUGCGUUGCGGUGCAUGGCCCUGGGACUGCGGCAGCGCUUCAGCUGUGUGAGCCGCCGGUGUUCAGCGGUAAAAGAGAUGGUGUUCUCGCUCCAGAGAGAGUGCUACUCCAAACACCGGCUCUGCCUGGCGCUAAGAGACCACAUGGAUACCAUUGGCAACCUGGUUCAAUUCCACCUGAUGUUUCCCUCGGGACCAUACGUGGAGCUGAUGAACUUCCUGUUGAAGUGUGGGGACGAGGUCGGGUUGUGGGUCGGCCAGCGGCUGCGCGGGCAAUGCAUGCAACACUGGGGGGCGCUGUGCAGCAGCUUCGGCAGCACCUGCUCUCUCAGCCAAUCGGACGCUCUGCAGCACACCACCACCCCACCACCCACCGUGGCCUUGGCUUUCACCACUCAGAGACCCCUGCAGCAGCACACCAGAGCUGCCGGACCAGAGGACAGGACAGAGUUUAGUCCAAUCGACAACGUGACCGAAUCUGGUCUGCCUGUGUCUAACAAAUCCAAUGUUACUGCUUCCUAAACAGACAGUCGAGUUAUACAGAGUUGCAGACAGGGUACACAAAGAUCAAGCACUUAUUACUAUUAUACAAGUAGUAGG